UUUGCAACCACACAUACACCAGUACCACACAGAAGAAGCCCUCUUCUCUUGCAUACAUUGAUUGUUCAAGUAAUAAAGAAGGAGCAAAUCAAGUUUGUUCUCAGAAGGAUGAAGCUUAUUGGGAGCAGCAAGAGGAGAGGAGGGAUGGGCAAGGCUCUCAAGGAGCACAAGGCGAGGCUCCACAUCAUCCGGCGAUGCGUCAUCAUGCUCCUCUGCUGGGAUGACUAG